AAUCCCUCGAUUGGACCGAAUCAAAGCGACAGCCGAGCUCUUCGCGGUGAUUGGUGGAGGGUUAGACUAGCCAUAAUUCAUUCCUACAGUCACACCGAGCCGAAGAAAGUACUGUUAUUGACAGUAGCUCGACCUUAAAGCGUUCGACCGGUAUUCGCAGCGUGUUCACGACACAGGUGAAGCCGCUGCGUGGGCGCAUAUUACAGAGGAGCCGCUGCUCUCUGAGGCUGGAGAUUACAUCUUUAAAGGAAACUACCGUGUGUCCUCAUGGCUGAUACUGAGCCCAAUUUCCCCCCACUGCCCGGGUUUGUUCCUCUUAAGCCCUGUUUCUAUCAAAACUUUGAGGAGAUCCCUGAACAGCACCGCAGCAUGUGCAAGAAAAUGUACAACCUGUGGAUCUUGAACAGUGCCACCCUUGCAGUGAAUUUCAUUGCUUGCUUUGCUUGGAUGUUUGGCGGCGGUGGAGUGACCAACUUUGGAUUGUCCAUCAUCUGGCUCCUAAUGUUCACUCCUUGCUCCUAUGUGUGUUGGUUUAGGCCCAUCUACAAGGCAUUUAAGUCGGACAGCUCCUUCAACUUCAUGCUGUUCUUUUUUGUGUUCAUGGCCCAAGUUGGAAUCAGCAUCAUCCAGAGCAUCGGCAUCCCAGGAUGGGGUGUGUGCGGCUGGUUGGCCACCAUCUCCUUCUUCAGCUAUAACAUUUUCAUUGCAUUAAUCAUGAUGAUACCCACAAUCAUGUUCACUGCUGUGGCCUCACUGUCCUUCAUCGCACUCACCAAGAUCCAUAAUUUCUAUCGCGGCACUGGGGCCAGCAUGUCCAAAGCUCAGGAAGAGUGGGCUACAGGGGCCUGGAAGAACCCCCAUGUCCAGGCAGCAGCCCAGCAGGCCGCCAUGGGGGCAGCUACCGGAGCUAUGCAGGAUCAGUUCUCCAGCCCACAGUACAAUGAAAACCAGAUGUAGCAUCAUCAAGACAGGAGAUGUCAGAGAUUUAAUGCCAAAAUCUUAUUUCAGAACAUCAAAACCAUCUAAGCAAUUUAAAAGCAGAAAAAAAAAGCACUGAACAUCUGUGGGUAACUGUUUUUUUUUUAACAAUUUACAUUAAAAGGCAUUCAACUACUUUGCAAUAUUUUUAAAUUAAAAUUUCCUAGAAAUGUGUCUGUCAACUUGGAGAGAAAAUAGGUUUAAGUGUUAUUAUAAUAGCAGAAGUGCUGUGUGCUAAUUGAAAACCUUUAGUUUAUAUGAAUGAAACAAAAUAUUUACCUAUUUAUUAUAUUUCCAGUAUAUGGAAUGUAUUUUCAUAUAAAGAUGUCAGAAUUAUUGAUGAUCAAUUAACUUAAUGUAUAGUUUUCUUUUGAUUGUAAAGUAGUUAUAGAGGUACUCUAUGUGUUUUUGUAUUUUAAACGUAAACUUUAACCAGGGAUACUGAUUUUGUAAACAUCUAUUAGAUCAUGACAGUCAAUAACCUCAGAUCUGUAAACAUGAUCUUUAUCGAUAAUCCCACUUUGAAAUGCAAACGUCUAUAUUAUAUUAAAAACAACUGUAUUACGGCAUCCCUUUUAGUGGAUUUAGUCACUGACAAACUUAGAAUUGAGCUUCUUCACUGCUGUCUCUGUUUAGUACCAGGAAGUGUUGUUAAUAUUUCUCAUCCUGAAAACACAAGGUUUAUAUCAAGUUUUAAAUACCUUUAUUGUUCUGGUAAACAAGAAAACUACAGUUCAGUUGUAUGUUUAUAUAGUCACUCAUUAUUGGCAUGAAUGUCAUUAUUUUUGGGCUUUUAAAAAUCCAAUUCAACUGUUGUUUUUUCAGGAUGAAUAAUUAAAAGACAAAUAACUUGGG